AUGUCUAAUAUAGAUAAUAAUAUAAAUAUCAUCACUCCUACUGGAAAUAUAUACACUGGAAGUUUAAUUACAAUUAGUUGGCAGUUUUUUGGUCAACCAUCGACACAACCUUCAUCCUUAAAAAUCAAAAAUAAAUCCACCGGUGAAAGUACUCUAAUAGAUAAUAAUUUAGAUAUUCAAGCUUCGAGUAAAAUAUGGAACGUUUCAGUACCAGAAGGCAUUUAUUUUUUGUCUAUAACUGAUGGUACGAGCGAAGGAAUUUCCGGUGAUUUUAUCAUUUCGAAAGACAAAAAUUCUCAAGAAAUUAUACCUUUAAUGCUUAUCGUAAUUAAAGCAAAUUCCUCAACAAUAAGUGUAUCAACUCUUAUCGAAGUCAUUGUAGGUGGAUGUGUUGUAGUCUUGGUUCCAAUUGUUGCUGGAAUUUAUUUUAUUAGAAGGUGGUAUAAAAAAGAACGCGACGGAAGUUUUACCAUUCCCAAAACUGAGACUAUAUAUUCUGUGAAAGAAAUUGACGAAGAAUAUAAUUUAGCAACAAGUGAAAAAAAACACGGCUUUGUUUUCACAUGA